CGCGGCCGCAGCGCGGGGGGCCGGCGCCAGGGGGCGCUGCGGGCGGGCCGCCCCGGCGGCGCGCGGCCGGAAGCGGCGCGCGGCGAUGAGUGUGCUGUUUUGAGGGAGGCGGCUGGUUCCGGCUCGCGGCGGCGCGCGGGGGGCAGCCAUGAGCUACGACCGGGCCAUCACCGUCUUCUCCCCCGACGGGCACCUCUUCCAGGUGGAGUACGCCCAGGAGGCGGUGAAGAAGGGCUCCACCGCGGUUGGAGUGAGAGGGAAGGAUAUUGUUGUUCUUGGUGUGGAAAAGAAGUCUGUGGCAAAACUUCAGGAUGAAAGAACUGUACGGAAGAUCUGCGCUCUCGAUGACAAUGUCUGCAUGGCUUUUGCAGGGCUGACGGCUGAUGCCAGAAUAGUUAUAAAUAGAGCUCGUGUGGAGUGUCAAAGCCACAGACUUACCGUGGAGGAUCCUGUCACCGUGGAGUACAUCACACGUUACAUUGCUAGUCUGAAACAGAGAUACACACAAAGCAACGGUCGCAGACCUUUCGGUAUCUCUGCUCUUAUCGUGGGAUUCGACUUCGAUGGAACCCCGCGGCUGUACCAGACAGAUCCCUCUGGUACAUACCAUGCUUGGAAGGCUAAUGCCAUUGGCAGAGGAGCCAAAUCAGUGCGUGAAUUCCUGGAGAAAAACUAUACUGAUGAAGCUAUUGAAACAGAUGAUCUAACUAUUAAACUUGUCAUCAAGGCUCUUCUUGAGGUUGUGCAAUCUGGUGGGAAGAACAUCGAGCUGGCAGUUAUGAGGCGAGAACAGCCGCUGAAGAUCCUAAACCCUGAAGAAAUUGAGAAGUAUGUUGCUGAAAUUGAAAAAGAAAAGGAAGAAAAUGAAAAGAAAAAACAGAAGAAGACAUCAUGAUGAAUGAAAUCCAACUGCUUUAGCUGCUUUCUUUUUAAUCCAAGUGAUGGGUUAUUCUGUAUAGACAUGAUGUAGGCAUUCCACUUACUCAUACUGUGUCCCUCGAGACCUACAAUAAACCUACUGAUUUUUUUUUUAAAGCUGUUAUUUUAAAAAAAAUCUGUUUCUUCCUUGGAUUUUAAUCACCUAGGUCCAUUUGGUUGGCUACAAAAUGGCAGUAGUGACCCAUUAAAGGACAAAAAACUUGG